AUGGCGUCGACAAAGAUGAAGAAGAGGCAGAGGCUAUCCCCUUCUUCCUCUACAUCCUCUCUUUCUUCUAUUUCGUCCACUUCUUCCUCGUCGACUGUAACAGCUGCAGCAGCAGCCGCUUCUUCUUCCCCGUGCUCCCCAUCUUCUUCUACUUCUACAUCUUGCUCCUCCUCAUCCCCGUGUUGUUCCUGUAAUGCUGCAAUCAACAAUCAUACUCCACCUCCCGUCGCCGAAUCGCAUGAAUUGGAAGUGGAAGUGGAAGCCUUACCCAAAUCGAAACGCCGGAAAAGAACCCGCUCCACUAAAUCCAAUGCCGCUGCUGCUGAUCGUCGAGUUAAAAAGGAAAGUAAAAACAAUGGGGAGGAGGAGGAGGAGGAGGAGAAGAGCAUUGGUACUGGAGGAGGAAGCAGCCUUCCCCUGCCUCCCCACCCUCCAGGGAGAAGAAGCUCUGCUUUCAGGGGAGUCACAAGGCAUAGAUGGACAGGGAGAUUUGAAGCUCAUCUGUGGGAUAAGAGCUCCUGGAACAACAUGCACAACAAGAAGGGUCGCCAAGUUUAUUUGGGGGCAUACGACGAUGAGGAAGCAGCUGCCCGUACCUACGAUCUUGCAGCCUUGAAGUACUGGGGUCCCGGAACCACCUUGAAUUUCCCGGUGGAAGGGUAUGAGAAGGAGAUGGAGGAGAUGGGGAAGGUGACCAAAGAAGAGUAUCUGGCGUCACUCCGGCGCCGGAGCUCCGGUUUCUCCCGAGGAGUGUCCAAGUACCGGGGAGUGGCGAGGCACCACCACAACGGCCGGUGGGAAGCACGAAUCGGCCGGGUCUUAGGCAACAAGUACCUCUACCUUGGCACUUUCAACACUCAGGAAGAAGCGGCAGAGGCAUAUGACUUGGCUGCACUGGAGUACAGAGGAGCAAACGCCGUCACCAACUUUGACGUCGCCAAUUACGUCGACCGCCUGAAAGCCAAAGGACUCAACGUCGACCAAUUCAUCCACCCGUCUCCUCCGCCCCCAGCGCCAGAAUUAGAGGUUGACGCCGUCGAUGCAGUACGACCACCCCCUGCUUCACCGUCUCCGCCGCCUCCCCUGCCUUCGUUAGACGAAGAAGAAACAGAGGCUGGGGCAGAGGUGGCGGCGAUGAUGAUGAUGAUGCCACCACCGCCGCCCCGCGGCGGCGACAGUGACAGCAUGAUAGCAAUAGAGGAGCUGUUGGAUUUCGAGCACGACGACGGGAUGAGCGGCGGGUGGAGUAUGUGCUUGGAUUACCCGGAGAACGCGGCGGUGGCGACGGCGGGUUGCGCAGGGCUGCCGGAGCUGUUCGGCGAUGCGGGAGGGUUCCAACUGGACGACAUUGACUACUUGGUGUUCGACGCGGAAUUUCUGGACGGUGAUGGUGGCGGCAGAGACGUAAACGACAAGAAGCCCUUGUCGGAUGAUGAUGGGUCAACCACAACGUCGGUUUCUUGUAACUAG